AUGGGCAACUGUCUGUCUGCAGGGGAUACUGCUUCUCUUCGUGACCUCGUGCGCCGGCCUGGUGCUCCCCCGGAGCGACAGCUCUCUGCCGCAGAUAUACGCACCGGUUUAUCCGCCGUCGCCAAGAUACUGAACAACAAGCGCCGCAAUGUCUCUAUCGUUGCCGUCGGGGGUGCGGUCAACACCGUUCUCCUGGGAACACGCCCGUACACCGGUGAUGUUGACUUCUUUUACCGGACCAAGACACGUUCCCAGGAAGUCACAGACGUGCUCGCCGCUGCGGAGGCAGUGAGGAAUGGGCUUGGUCUCGAAGCCAGUUGGUUGAACAAUCACACAGUGGUUUUCGUACAGGAGGGCACCAUCGGGACCAUGUAUGAGGAGGCCAUCCAGCAGAACGUCGUGGUAUUCCGGGAGCACGGCCUGACCGUGUACGCGGCGCCAUGGCGCUAUGCACUCAUCACGAAGCUGGACAGAGUGAUGAAGGGUGCAGGCCGGAGCUACGACAUGAGCGACGCCGUUGGCUAUCUGAGUCACCUGCUCCAAGGUCGGCAGGGACGUGUUGUGACAAUGGCGGAUUUGGAAGGUUGGGCCCGAGAGUACGCGCUCACUCCUCCAACCGAGGAGGUAGUUGCUGGGCUGGCCGCUCUGUACAAGGCGCAGACGGGCAGGGAUGGGGUUGUGGUUUGA